AUGUUCAACCAACAUAGCGGGGAGAUGUUCAGGCGUCGCUACCGCGAGGAGCCGCCAUUGACAAAUUUACACAACAUCGCCUUUCCUGGGCAGUUGUUACAGGACACCAGUACAGCGCCGUCUCCUCAUGAUUCUGGUACGCCGUCAAGGAGUCGCAGCCCAGAACGAAAUGGGACGUGGGGCGAACGAGACGUGGGAGGGACCCUCAACCGAGAAGAGGCAAUGGCCGAGUUCGAGGAAAUCAGGCGAGAGAUCUCCAAGAUCAGCUUGCAGCGGACUGCCACCCGGGAAUCAGGCGCGGAAAAGCCCAGGACUUGGUUAUCGAGGGGUCGCUCACGACCGUCGCUGGCCCGCACCAGGACGACAGCCUCUCGAGCCACCAGUAACGCGACGGAUGGCGAUUGGGACAAAGAGGCUGGUCCCGAGCCGGUGGGAGAGGAUGACCUCGAUCUUGGCGCCUUCCUAAAAGAUGGUCACUUCGAGAAGCGGACCGCGGCUGGAGAGUCUGCGAAGAAAGUGGGUGUGCUGUACAAGAAUUUGACGGUGAAAGGAGUCGGCGCUCAAGCUACAUUCACCAAAACUCUACCAGAAGCUAUCGUUGGCACUUUCGGACCUGACCUCUACCGACUUGUCACCAGAUUUGUUCCCACACUUCGGUUCGGAAAGCCGCCCCCAACGAGAGACCUGAUACACGACUUUACUGGCUCGGUACGUGAUGGGGAGAUGAUGCUGGUGCUCGGCCGUCCGGGGUCGGGUUGUUCGACUUUCCUCAAAGUCAUCGCAAAUCAGAGGGAGAGUUUUGCAGGUGUAGAGGGCACGGUCACCUACGGCGGUAUCCCUGCGGAAGAGCAGAAAAAGCGUUACCGUGGCGAAGUCAACUAUAACCCAGAAGAUGACCAACAUCUGCCUAACUUGACCGUAUGGCAAACGCUCAAAUUCGCACUGAUGAACAAGACGAAGAAACAUGAGGCCAGUACCAUCCCAGUCAUCAUCGAUGCUCUAUUGAAGAUGUUUGGCAUUUCUCAUACGAAAGGCACGCUGGUCGGCAACGAGUAUGUUAGAGGCAUCUCUGGUGGCGAGCGAAAACGGGUAGGCAUUGCUGAGACAUUGGCAACGAAGUCCAGCGUGGUGUGCUGGGACAAUUCAACACGCGGGUUGGAUGCCUCCACGGCGUUGGACUACGCCAAGUCACUCCGCAUAAUGACCGAUAUCUCCAAUCGAACGACCAUUGUCACGCUGUACCAAGCGGGUGAGGGCAUCUACGAACUGAUGGACAAGGUCUUGGUGAUUGAGGAGGGGCGAAUGAUAUAUCAGGGUCCUGCAGACCGGGCAAGACAGUAUUUCAUCGACCUGGGAUUCCAUGCCCCCGAACGACAGACAACAGCGGACUUUCUGACUUCAGUCGGCGACCCGAACGAGCGCGAAUUCCGAGAUGGCAUGGAAGCCUCGGCACCCAAGACGGCUGCGGAGCUGGAGGCCGCUUUCCGCAAGUCCAGCAUCUAUCAGGAAACCAUUGCCGACGUGGAUCGCUAUGAGAAGGACAUGGAGAAGUCGAAUUGCUCCGACACCAGGCAAUUCCAGGAGGCAGUCCAGGAGCAAAAGAGCAAUAGCAAACUGGUCUCGUCACAGUCCAGCUACACAGUCUCCUUCUGGCGUCAAGUCAUGGCCUGCACGCUCCGAGAGUUUUGGCUCUUCUGGGGAGACAAGUCUACGCUGUACACCAAGGUCUUCAUCAUCAUUUCAAAUGCUCUGAUCGUUGGCUCGUUGUUCUACGGCGAGAGCCUGGAUACUAGCGGUGCAUUCCCGAGGGGUGGUGCUCUGUUCUUCUCAAUAUUGUUCCUCGGCUGGCUGCAACUGACUGAAUUGGUGCGGGCCGUUAGCGGUCGCGUGGUCAUAUCACGGCACCGCGACUACGCUUUUUACCGCCCUAGUGCUGUGGUCAUUGCCAGAGUCAUGCUUGACUUGCCGGUUCUUCUGGCUCAGGCAGUGGUCUUCACCAUCAUCCUCUACUUCAUGGCAAACCUUGACGUCGACCCCGGCAAGUUCUUCAUCAACCUCCUCUUCGUCUACAUCAGCACUAUCUGCGUCACGGCACUCUACCGCAUGUUCGCCGCCCUGAGCCCGAGCAUUGACGACGCCGUGCGCUUCUCGGGUAUCGCACUGAACCUCCUGAUCCUCUACGUGGGUUACACCAUUCCAAAGACAACCUUGACAAGCGAUGUCAUCUGGUUUGGGUGGCUCUAUUAUAUCAAUCCAGUAUCAUACUCGUACGAAGCAGUGUUGACGAACGAGUUCCAUGGUCGAGUCAUGGAAUGCUCUCCCUCGAAUCUUGUGCCUCGAGGACCCAACGCAGUGGCGGGUUACCAAGGAUGUUCUCUGACUGGCGCGACUGUCGGCAGCACUCAGGUUCGUGGGGAUGCCUAUUUCGAAAAUUCUUUCGGCUACUAUAGAUCCCACCUCUGGCGCAAUUUCGGCGUGGUCAUUGCCUUUACGGUGCUCUACAUUCUCAUCACCGCCAUCGCGUCCGAAGUUUUCUCUUUUACCGGCGGCGGCGGUGGAGCCCUUGUGUUCAAGAAGACUCGCAAGGCGAAGAAAAUGGUAAACGAAGAAAGCAAGCCAUCGGACGAAGAGAAUGCCGCGGUACCUGGUGAGCCCGUCUCAAGUGCAUCUUCAGACACUAUGACGAAGGAGCAGAAGCAAGAGACUGUAGGCAUCGCCGAAAGCAAGAGCGUCUUUACUUGGGAGAAUGUUGAGUACGAAGUUCCAUACCAAGGUGGCAAGAGAAAGCUGCUGAACAAGGUCAACGGCUAUGUCAAGCCAGGGGUUAUGAUCGCCCUCAUGGGCGCAUCUGGCGCUGGAAAGACCACCCUUCUCAACACCCUAUCCCAAAGACAGACAAUGGGAACUGUUAGUGGAGACAUGCUUGUUGACGGGCGUCCUCUUGGAAUCGAAUUUCAACGAGGCACCGGAUUCUGCGAACAGAUGGACCUGCACGAUGAGACCGCCACAAUCCGAGAAGCCCUGGAGUUUUCGGCCAUUUUGAGACAGGAUCGGAAAGUCCCCAAACAGGAGAAGAUUGAUUAUGUCAACAACAUCAUCGAACUAUUGGAGCUCCACGACAUUGAAGAUGCCAUCAUUGGCUCGCUGGGCGUCGAGCAGCGCAAGCGACUUACCAUUGGGGUUGAGCUGGCUGCCAAACCAGAAUUGCUCCUAUUUCUGGACGAGCCCACCAGCGGUUUGGACUCACAGUCGGCCUUCUCGAUUGUCCGAUUUUUAAAGAAGCUCUCGCAGGCCGGCCAGGCAAUCAUUUGCACAAUCCACCAGCCUUCUUCCAUCUUGAUCCAGCAAUUCGACAUGGUCUUGGCUCUGAACCCAGGCGGCAACCCAUUCUACUUUGGACCCAUCGGGGAGAACGGGUCAGCAGUGAUCGAGUACUUCGCCAAGAGAGGCACACAGUGCCCACCAAACAAAAAUGUAGCUGAGUUCAUUCUCGAGACUGCGGCCAAGGGAGGCAAGCGUCGAGAAGAUGGCAAGCGCGUCAACUGGAACAAAGAGUGGCUGGAAUCGGAGGAGAAUGCCUCGAUGCUGAAGGAGAUCCAACGCCUCAAGGAAGAACGAUCCAAGGAGACACCAAAGGCCGCGACCGAGCAACAUGAAUUCGCCGCGCCCGUCCAGUUACAGACGUACGAGCUCAUGAAGCGCACGUUCCGCUCAUACUGGCGCGAUCCAUCAUACCUCUACGCGAAGCUCUUCGUGAGCGUCAUCAUCGGCAUCUUCAACGGGUUUACCUUCUACAACCUCACCGACUCGGUGGCAUCGCUGCAAGAACGAUUCUUCACUUCCUUCCUCAUCCUCCUGAUCCCACCCACGAUUGUCAACGGCGUGGUGCCCAAGUUCUUCCAGAACCGCGCCCUGUGGGAAGCCCGUGAGUACCCGUCGCGCAUCUACGGCUGGUUCGCCUUCUGCACAGCGCAGGUCGUUGCCGAGAUCCCAUCCGCGGUCGUCGGCUCCGUCAUCUACUGGCUGCUGUGGUACUACCCGACCAAUCUGCCCCGUGACAACGAGACGGCUGGGUACAUGUUCCUGAUGACCAUGCUGUUCUACUUCUUCAUGUCGUCGUGGGGCCAGUGGAUCUGCGCGUUUGCACCCUCCUUCACGGUGAUCGCCAACACGCUGCCCUUCUUCUUCGUCAUGGUCUCCAUCUUCAACGGCAUCGUGCGACCGUACAGCCAAUUGCCCGUCUUCUGGAAGUACUGGAUGUACUACGUCAACCCGUCGACGUGGUGGCUGAGAGGUGUCUUAGCGGCGACACUAAAAGACGUCACAGUCCGAUGUGCCCAGGGCGAGUCGACCCUGUACAACGCCCCGCCGGGCCAGACCUGCCAAUCAUACACGCGCGAGUUCAUCAAUUCGUCGGGCAUGGGGUAUGUGACCACCAUGGCCAACGGCACUUGUGCGUAUUGCCCCUACGCCAAUGGGCAGGAGUACCUGUCGACGCUGAACACCAAGCCCGACGAGCAGUGGCAGGACUUUGGCAUCUUCCUGGUCUUCACCUUCUCGAACUGGCUGUUGGUGUACUUCUUCAUCUGGAGCGUUAGGGUCAAGAAGUGGACCUUUGGGUUGGGUUAUCUGUUUGGCCGGGCUGAAGAGUUGAUCAAGGCUGCGAAGGGCGUGGUGCAGAGAAAGUGA